CCCAUUCUGUCUCGGAGCCAAAAGCCAGCAUGGCAAAGACGCAGAGAGACCAUCUGUACGACACCAUUAGUGAGCUGGGCAAGUCGGACUUGAAGACAUUUAAAGACAAGCUGAACAAUUUCCAGCCCAAGCCAGGUUAUAACCGUAUCAAAUGGAGCCAGCUGGAAAAAGCAGAAGCUGUAGAUAUCACUCGCCUGCUGGUCAGCUACUACGAGGAGGAUUACGCAGUGGAAGUGGCUGGGAAGGUGCUGGAGGACAUGGACAAGAAGAACCUGGCACGCAACCUGUUCCAGGCCACAGGGAAGGGUGUAGCUGAACACAAGCCAGGCUUGUCCAGUGACAAAGACUGAGGUCAGUCCUGGGGCCAGACACGCACUCCUACCAUGGUCAGCGCAUUGGCCCUGCUCCACUCAGCCCAGCCUUCCACAGCCGGCAGGUGGAGGCUGUUUUGAAGAUUUGUUACAUCGCUUACAGGCUUUACAAGAUAACACCAAUGUCACGAAGGCACAGAAUGAUGUGAUGGCCCCCGCUUUGGAAACGCCUCAGUGAGCCAGACCCCCUCGGGGUCUCUCUCACUCUUCCUCCAGGGAGUCGCACCAAAUGCUGAGCUAAACCUUUCCCAGCUGAUGUCCCACAGCGAAAGAGAUGCCUAACGCUGGCACGAAGACCAUGCCCUGCUGCUCUACCUGCUAUGGACGGCCAAGGAAACCCGGAGCCUUUUCAGAGUCGUAUCAAGUGGCCGUGAUAUUGCAUUCCAUAUUUUUGGUCAAUAAAAGGGGGCAAUUGUUUUAAUACUGAGAA